GGCAUUACACGGGUAAACACCCGUGCCCAGCUGAAGGCAGAAUUAGAGGCGAGUCGAGCAACAGAAAGAGACGAGAAUAUCGGGACCUGAAAGCCGGCAAGGAAAUGCAUCUCAACCGGAGAGUAUUCAGUAUAACAGAGAAGACCCAUGGACAGGGACCGGUCAUCUAUCGCUGGCAGAGGGCUCAUGGCAAUUAUCUCUCCACUACUGGGUCUGACCGUGUUGUACGGAUAUAUGAUCGUCAUGGUGAGAUCAUUGAUGAAAUCAGUCUCCCAGGAUUGUGCACUGGAAUGGGCUGGGACAAGGAUGGUGAUACUCUGGCUGUGAUCAAUGAUAAGACAGCUGGGGUUUUCCUUUGGGAUGCCAACACGCAUAAAACAACCCAACUCGACAGUGGUUUAAGGGACCCUUUAUCAUUCCUGCUGUGGUCUAAGACUGGUCCUCACCUGGCUAUAGGGACCAUCAAAGGCAACCUGCUCAUUUACAACCAUCAGACAACAAGGAAGGUGCCAAUUGGGAAGCACACCCGGAAGAUCACCUGUGGAGCCUGGAGUGCCCAGAACCUGCUGGCCCUGGGUAGUGAGGAUAAGACCAUCUCUAUCAGCAAUGUGGAUGGUGAUACCAUUAGGCAGACUUCUGUGAGGGCAGAUCCGGCUGAUAUCCAGUUCUCUGAGAUGAAGGGAGAUGAGAGGAGUACCAUUGGGGAGAAUACUGUGAGUGUUGUGAUCGGCAGGAAGACAUUGUAUAUGUACAACCUAAAUGAUCCAGAGAACCCGAUAGAGCUGGCAUUCCAGCAACGUUAUGGGAACAUAGUCGCCUAUAAGUGGUAUGGAGAUGGAUACAUAAUGAUUGGGUUUUCCCAGGGAUUUUUUGUGGUCAUAUCAACUCACAUGAAAGAAAUUGGUCAGGAGUUGUUCCAAGCCAGAAACCAUAAGGAUAAUUUAACUAGCAUUGCUGUUUCAGUUAGUUUUAACAAGGCAGCGUCAUGUGGUGAUAACUGUAUUAAGAUCCAUGACUUGACAGACCUGAAGGAGAUGUAUGCCAUCAUUAACAUGGAAGAUGAGAGGGGUCUGGACAAGAUUGAGUGGACGGAUGACGGACAGUUACUGGCAGUGUCCACACAGAGGGGAAAUCUACACAUCUACCUAACCAAGAUGCCGAUGUUAGGAGGGGCGUGUCAGACCCGCAUGGCACAUCUCACUUCUCUGCUGGAGGUCACAGUGGAGGACAAGAUUUCUCAGGAGCCACCAGUGACAGUGUGUAUUGACGUUGAGCCGUCGUUCAUGGCUGUUGGCCCGGAUCAUCUGGCAGUGGGCAUGAACAACAGAGCCUGGUUCUAUCUCCUCUCUGUUGGGGGUCCAGAUAAACUGAAGGACCGUGAGUACCUGGGUACCGUACAGUCUUUAAAGCUGAACUCUGUGUAUGCUGCUGCCUUGUUUGAGGGUCAAGUUCAACUGCAUAUGAUUGAAGGGGAGACAACUGGAGCCACUGAUGAUCGAGAGUCUCGGCUGUUCCCUGACAGGGAACUUGAAGAUGGCAGAAUCACUUGCCAUGAUGUCACACAAGACUUCCUGGUGUAUGGCAUGGAUACUGGGACAGUGGUGUACUUCUUCAUAGAGGACUGGCAGAAAGUCAAUGAGUAUCAUCAUAUGAUAGGAAUAAAGAAAAUAUUUCCCAACUACAGUGGUACUAAGCUGGUCUUGAUUGAUGACAAGAGUGAUGGCUACAUUUACAACCCUGUGAAUGAUCAAGUGAUUGAUAUCCCCAACUUCUCCAGUACCACCCAGGGGGUUCUCUGGGAAAACUGGCCACUGGACAGAGGUGUGUUCAUCACCUAUGAUGAAGAGAAGAUUUACACCUAUGUGUUCUGCAAUGAAAGUGUUAACGGUAGGCUUCACACCCCCUCCCCUGGUGUUGGGGAGGAGAAGAGAGUGCUCCGUUCCCAAGUGUAUUUAUCUGGUACAACAAAGCUGCCUUUUGGGCAGAUACCCAUGAUGCUGCACAAUGGGGAGUUAAAUCUGCAGACACAGAGUGGCAAGAUGAUGACACUAGUCCUGGAUACUCACUCUCACAUCUACUCAGAGAAACCACGCGAAAUGGAGCGAGACAAGCUUGAAGAAGCAGUACAGCAAUGUAUUCAGUUAAAAAGGUUUAAGGACAGUUGGAUAUUUUGUCACCAUCUAAGCAGCAAGAAAGCUUGGUCAGAUGUGGGAAGAGCAGCUUUGGAAAACCUAGACAUUGAAUUUGCCAUUCGUGCAUACAGGCAGGCUGGUGACGUUGGAAUGGUGACUUCUCUCUUAACCCUUAUGGACACCGAGGACCGUAACUUGAUUGCUGGCUAUGUGGCCAUGUUCCUUGGGGAUUUCAACCUGGCUCAGGACCUGUUCCUGGCAUCCAGUUACCCAUCUGCUGCUUUAGAGAUGAGACGUGACCUGUUACACUGGGACAGUGCCCUGCAGCUGGCCAAAGCCCUGGCACCCUACCAGAUCCCGUACAUCUCUAGGGAGUAUGCCCAGCAGCUGGAGUUCACAGGAGACUAUAUGAAUGCUCUGUCACACUAUGAGAAGGGCAUCACCAAAGAGGAGAAGGAGCGCGAACAUGAUGAGGUGUGCGGGGCAGGUGUUGCUCGCAUGUCAAUAAGGAUGGGAGACAUCCGCAGAGGGGUUGCUAUGGCCAGCCAAAUGCCCAGUCGUAUCCUAAAGAAGGAAUGUGCUCAGAUUCUGGAAGGAAUGAAGCAAUGGUCUGAGGCUGCUUUAUUAUAUGAACAAGGAGGCUAUUACGAUAAGGCUGCAUCUGUUUACAUCCGCAGUAAGAAUUGGAGCAAAGUAGGUGAGCUUCUGCCACAGAUCACCUCCCCUAAAAUCUUUGCUCAGUAUGCCAAAGCCAAGGAGGCUGAUGGGAAGUUUAACGAUGCUGCAGAGGCCUACAAGAAAGCCAAGGAAUGGGACCAUGUCAUCAGGAUUAACUUGGAUUUCUUACAAAAUCCUGAAGAGGCCGUAACUAUUGUCAGAGAGACUCAGUCAGUAGAGGGAGCAAAGAUGGUGGCCAAGUUCUUUCAGCGACUGAAUGACUACGCCUCAGCCAUACAGUUCCUGGUUAUGUCACAUUGCAAUGACGAGGCUUUCCGAUUGGCACAGUCACAUGGUCAGAUGGAGGUUUAUGCUGAUAUCAUUGGCUCAGAUGCCACUCCAGAAGACUAUCAGAGUAUCGCUUUGUACUUUGAGAACAACCUCAAUCAUUUUCUGGCUGGGAAGUUCUUUCUGUUGGCUGGCCAGUACAGCAGAGCUAUGAAACAUUUCCUGAAGACGAAUGGUGAAGAUGCUCAAUCCAUAGAGCUGGCGAUAGAAACAGUGGGACGAGCUAAUGAUGACCAGCUGACCAGACAGCUGGUGGACUUUCUCAUGGGAGAGUCGGAUGGCAUGCCUAAGGAUGCGAAGUACCUGUUCCGUCUGUACAUGGCUCUGAAACAGUACAGAGAGGCAGCUAGAACAGCCAUUAUUAUAGCCAGGGAGGAGCAGAAUGCAGGCAACUACCGUAACGCCCAUGACGUGCUAUUCAGCAUGUUCCAGGAGCUGAGGAAACAUCAGAUAAAGAUCCCUGCAGAGAUGUCCACUAAUCUCAUGAUCUUACACAGUUACAUACUGGUCAAGAUCUAUGUUAAAAGAGGCGAUCAUUUGAAAGGUGCCAGAAUGUUGAUACGAGUGGCGAAUAACAUCAGCAAAUUUCCAUCUCACAUUGUACCCAUAUUAACGUCGACUGUGAUUGAAUGUCACCGAGCUGGCUUGAAGAACUCCUCAUUCAGCUUUGCUGCCAUGUUGUUACGUCCUGAAUACAGAAACCAGAUUGAUGCCAAGUACAAGAAGAAAAUCGAACAGAUUGUUCGAAAACCUGACAAGACAGAAGAAGAUGAACCUCUGAGUCCAUGUCCCUGCUGUGGUUUUGACAUACCAGAGACUGAUUUACUUUGCCCAGAGUGUAAAAACUAUCUGCCGUACUGUAUUGCUACGGGUCGUCAUGUAGUGAAGGAUGACCUAACUGCCUGUCCUAACUGCGAUUUCCCGGCCAUCCUCACAGAGUUUGUGCGGUUAACUGAGCAUGAAGAGAACUGUCCAAUGUGUUGUGAGAAGGUGGAUGGGAAGAACUUGGUGCGUUUGGAAGAUGUGAAAAAAUACCUGCAUCCUGAUGAGGGCUCAGAUUGAAGUGAUUCAACCUCUGCAUUCUGAUGAUGGGGAAGAUUGAUAAAUCCAGUCUGCAUCCUGAUACUGGCUCAGAUUGAUGGCGUGCAUAUUCAGUCUCUGCCUCCUGAUGAUGGCUCCGACUGAUGGUGUAUUCAGUCUCUGCAUCCAGAUGGUGGAUCAGACUGAUGGCUUAUUCAGUCUCAGCAUCCCG